UAGGGUCCUUUUACUACAGGCAUUGUUCCCUCUUCUGUUGUUCUGACUGCUUUCCAAGUGAUGUCAAGGGUUUUCCUGACGUGGGCAGUAACACAUAGUGUAAAAGAGGUACAAAGUGAAGACAGUGUCCUCUUGUUUGUAGUGGCCUGGACAAUCACCGAGAUAAUCCGUUAUUCUUUUUACACCUUUAGCUUGUUAAACCAUCUCCCUUAUCUCAUCAAAUGGGCCAGGUACACUUUGUUUAUAGUGUUGUAUCCAAUGGGAGUCUCAGGUGAAUUACUCACAAUAUAUGCUGCACUACCCUUCGUCAGGCAGUCUGGCUUGUAUUCCAUUAGUUUACCUAACAAGUACAAUUUUUCAUUUGACUACUAUACAUUCCUGAUCCUGGUCAUGAUCUCUUACAUUCCAAUCUUCCCUCAGCUCUAUUUCCACAUGCUGCAUCAGAGGCGAAAGGUGCUCUCCCACUCUGAAGAGCAUAAGAAGUCGGAGUAAUUCCAACUCCUUUUCAGAACUUUUCAAACAUCAAAAUGCUGCAGUUUUUCAAUACCCAGCACAUUUGUAAAGAGUAUAUCAAGAUAAGUCAGAGGUAAAAGACCAAUAAUUUAGCAAGAAUAACUAAUAAAUCUGAUUUCAGUGAAAUUCCAGGAUGUCAAACAUUGAAAUAAUUUUCAGCUUGCAUUGCUUCAGAAAACUUAAAACUUUAUAUGGCUUGGCAGUUAACCUUUUCCUGAAAUGACGUGCUAAAUGGUUUUCAUUUAUUACUAAAUGCCUGAAGGUUGCAGUAUGAGUGAUGAAGUUGUACCCACUAAAUGCCUGAAUUGGGAUUAUAUUACUGAUACCUCUUUUUUUAAGUGCUUGACUGCAUGCCAGAAACUGUAUGUAUUGCUGUGAAAGCAAACAGUAUGCUCUGGAAUACUUCAGGAUAAUGUCAGAGACUUCAGUGGAGAAUGUAAUCUGGGCAAAGUAUUUGACUUUAGAAAGGUAGGUUGUGUAUUUAAAAGGUGAUGGGAACAAGAACAAGAAACCAAUUACGGAAAAUGAGGGGAAUGUGGUUCUUUAGGAAUUUAAACAGUGCAGUGUCUGACCAGAGUGUGCUCUCUGAAGAUCUUGUAUAAGCUGAUCACUCAAAUGCUAAUAUUAAUUCAGAGGCUGUAAUUCUUAUCUGAAACAUUAAAACUACCCCAAGUACUGCAUCACUGAAUACUUUUUUACAUAUUAAAAAAAUUAAUACUAACUGUAAUACUUUAGUGGUAUCAGUAAUGAAUCUAAAUAUAAGGAGGUAGUUCACCCAGAAAGAGGUGCAGUUCUCCCUUUUUUACUACAACUUUUUGUCUCUAGUCAUUGUCUGUGAUACUCAUCUUUCAGUCUGAGGUCUACUUGGUCUGCUGUGUUUGGGGGCUCUGUUCCUUAGCCUGACUUUUCUCAAGUGACUGAGGUCAUCACUCUGGCACAUCCAAGCAGGCAGUUCCAGGCACUCAACUUCUGAAGUGAAAGUCAUAAUCUGCUCCUUGCAGAGCAAAUUAUUUCAUUUGUUACAUGCUGCCUUUGCAUGUAGGACAAGCCACCCUCGUCUGCUCUUUGGAAAGAGUGGAAGACCACAAGAAGUUAUAUUCUCCUAGGUGCUUUCUCUGAGUUGUCAGGCUUGUUGGGAGGCUGAAAGGAAAAUGAAGGAGCUGAGAAAGCCUUGUGGUGAGGCAGAAAGCACUAGUGCUGUGUGAGCUGUGCCCCAAGCCUAGAAGAAAUUUCUGAUGGGGAGUAACAGGGUGGAGAAUGAAGGGAACAAAAGGAGAAGGGAAAUGAAUGGAUAUCCAGGCAGAGACAAAAGCAAAUGUAGGUUAUGGCUUUGCUCUGUUAGGAAUUGAUGGCCAAAUAGUCCUGUCUGCAUGCAGUCACAGUCACUAGACAAGACCAUGUGGGCCUCCCUGGCUUCCCUCUGGUGUGAUUCAGUGCAUAGAUGAGGUGUGACCGCUUUCCAUGCUGCCUGCAGCGCUGCCUCAUGCUCUGCCUGCCAGCACCUCCCCUGGCCUGGUUGUGUUUGACACAUCCCAGCUCUUCUAAACACAGCUGGGAAGUACUGAGGACACAGGCUCUCUGUUCUAGCAGUUGGGAAGAGCUGGAUUUACAGUUAUUCAGAUUUAUGCUUGUCAGAGCAGUAUUUAAAAAAGACCAAAACCUUGUCAUUUUUCAGUAAUUUUCUUUGGCUCCAUCAAAAGGACUGAAUUUUCCUAUCUCUGACUAUAUAGAGCCUUUCCUGUUCAACACAAACAGGAUUAUUAUAAGCAGAGAAAGGACAAGAGACAAUAAUAAUCUUUGCUUCUAUUUUCAGCAUUUUGGAGCCAGUUACUGACUGGAUUAUAAAACACAGGAGGUUGUAGCAAGUUGGGUGUUGGUCUUUUUCCCCCAAGUUACAAGCAAUAGGACUAGAGCAUAUGCCUCUUCUUGUGCCAAGGAAGAUCUAGAUGGGGUAUUAAGGGAAAUUUCUUCAUGGAAAGGAUUGCCAAGCAUUGGAACAAGCUGCCCAGGGAAGUGAUAGAGUCACCAUCCUUGAAGGUAUUUAAAAUACCUGAAGAUGUGGUGCAUAAGGACAUGGUUUACUGGGAUUUUGCAGUGUUAGGAUAAUGGUUGGACUCAAUCUCAGAGGUCUUUUCCAACCCAAACAAUUCUGUGAUUCUAUUACUAUGGCCAUGUACAACCUCAAAAUGGUUUUGGAUUCAAAGAUGCAACAAUUCAAUUAAUUUCUAUAUUAGAUUAUACGCUUUGUUGUAGUGAUCUGAGAAAUGUUACAUUAUUCUGAAGUCAUUGUUUGAAAGUGUGAACUUCCACCUCUGAACAAAACAUCUCCUUUUGCUUAUACUUGCUAUUAAAGAAGUUAAUGUCAGUAUUUCUGAAGGAUGUCAUCUAAAAGAUUUGAUUUCCUGAUGUACUUAGGUUACUGGAUAUUGUCAAUGCUCAGCUCCUGAACUUUUCUUAAUUUGAUUUCUGUGCCCAAGUAAAAGAUUAGGUUUCAAAUUUGUUGGUCCAAUUUGGAGAUAAAAAAAUGGUUGUGUAAUACUCCUGCAUGAGACAAACCCCUGGCUCUGUUGAUGAGAAAGAUACAGUACAGAUCUACAACAGAUAGCACUGGCAGCAUGGAAAACAGAGAAGCUGCCAGUAGGGAGAAAACUUCUACAACCAACACCUUUGCUGAGCAGGCUUUAUGAUGGAAUAUUUACUUUAAUUGAAAGUAUCCAUUUAUGACAAAAAUGCAAAUAAACUAUGGCCUUUUAAAAGAAAAUUGAGUUACUUUUCCUUUCAAAAGAAAAAGAGGUUGCUUUCACAGUAAGAAUUCUUACCAGCAAAGCUGAUUUAUAAAUUAUAUUUGGAAGUCUGAACGUGCAGUUAAUAUGUACAAAAAUUCAGUGCUUCAUGUUGCAGUGCUUUUUCAAGUUUAACUUCCAUGGAAAUCACUGGAAGCUGAUCUUGGGAGAGAACUGUAGUGUGAUGCCCUAAAACUGUUUGGGUUGUUCCCUAAUACUGAUUUUGCUGACACAUGUGGGGCAUCUUCUCCUCAUAAAAGAAGAAGUUUCCCCUCAUCUGUCACUGAAAUUGCCGUGUGGUUUCUGUGAGCUCUAUAAUAGAAGCUUUGAUUGGUGCUGUGUCACAAAUGGGUUUAUUUCCCCCCAGACUGUUUACUUGGCUUGCAUGUUCUCUGUCAGCCUCUCCAAAGCAGCAGCCCCCCUGCUUUGGUGCUCUCUUGUGUGCACUGGUUCAGCUGACAGCACUUUUUGUUCUACCAUGCCAGCUCUGAGUUAGUCACUACCCUCCAAAAGACCAAGGUUUUCACCAGUGUGUUUACAACUGGAAUUGUAGAAAUGUUCAUAUUUGUAAAUUACAGUAAGAAUGCAGGUUACAGUGCAGAAAUAUUGUAAUUUUUCACAAUGUGAUGUUUUUAUCAGAGGGUUUUUUUCUUAUCGUUAUGAAGGUUGGCAUUUGUGUGGACCAAUCUGCAGUGUCAUUUUAAAACUUAUCUUUCAGCUUAAAAUUUUCAUGAGUAUACAUCAAAUAUACAUAUUUUGAUGUAUAUGUCAGUGAAACUUGGGUGAAAACUAUAUACAGUCAUUUUUGUAUUUUUUUCUAUGUUGUGAAGAAUAAAAUUGUAAUUUUAUAAGUCUGAUUCACUAAGAUUAUUAUAAUUUAAAUGUAUUUUUUGUAUAUUUAGGAAUCUGGUAUUACCUGGAGCUCUGAAAGACUUAAGCAUAGAAUUUUUAUGCAUGGUUGAAAGAUAUUUCAACUUGAUAAUGCAGUGAAAUGGUUUGUAUGCUAAAAUACUAGUCCGUGUUGUUGCCUUGUGCAGUUGAUUCUGUGCUCUCUGCCUGGAUUUGGCCUACUGAACAGUGAUACUAAUUGCUAUAAUCCAAAUAAAAUACUUCUGAAC